AGAUCGUUGAGGGUGAUAAAGCUACGAUACAGUAAUUAAUUAAUGUGACUAAAAAUAUUUUAGAACUUUAUUUUAUGAUGCUUUGCAUGAAACUGUAAAUUACAUCCUAGUCACAACAGUAAACAAAGUGCUGCACCACAUGCAUGGGUCAUGACAUGAAACAGAAGACGGUGUUGAAUAAAGGCAUUAUUUUAGUUUUCUUUGUCCACUGAACAAGUUUGCUCGUGGCUUUAUAAAAUUCCAGUUGAACCACUGAUUUCACAUGGAUUAUUUAAAGAUGUCCUUACUACGUUUCUGGGCUUUGGACGUGUUAGUUGCGUUGAUGUGUAUGGAGGGUCAGAAAGCUCCCAGAUUUCAUCAAAAAUAUCUUAAUUUGUGUUACCUAGAUGAACAAAGAUCUUACGGGUAUGAAACCAUAUGAGAGUGAGUGAUUGAUGACUGAGGUUUAAUUUUGGGGUGAACUAAUCCUUUGAAUGUUGACGGAUGAAAGCCAAUGAGCUAACGAUGUGGCACCAGUCCAGUAGGUGGCGAAAAUGCACCAUAUAUUUGUAAACAACCACAAGAAGCACUCGAUUCUGCGCCUCCUUUUUCCAUUUGUAAGUGGAUGGAGAGAGCAGCUGUUAAGCUGCAGAAAGAAACAUAACAGCCCACGUGACUCGUGCGUCCUAAAGCCUCCGACGAGGCAGCUCUGCGGAAUAGAGCGAUUUUUGACGGAUAUCUUGUGUCUUGCCAUAGCUAUCAAGUCUCGUUCCGCUUCUGCACGUUCAAACAUGGCUCCUUUACGUUUCGCAUAGCAGUGAGUCCCUGCAAAUCGGGGUUUGAUUUGUUGUUUUCGCAAUGGUACGCGUGUGUGCGUUUCCUGGGUGUUUCAACCGAGAGAAAGCGAUACGACUCCGUCCAGUGGCAUCAUCCCAGGAGGAAAGUUUGACUUUCCACACAUUACCGCUGCAUGAUCCAGAGAGGCUGAAACUGUGGCUGCUCGCUCUCAAACGGGAUAUAAAUUCACCCAUUGAAAAUAUCCGGGCGUUGAGAGUGUGCAGUGACCAUUUUUCGCCGGACGACCUCACAGGGCCAACUCGAAGAUAUCUGAAUUCAUCUGCGGUGCCCAGGCAACAAACUGAGCUGUUUGGACUCUCAUUCUGACGGCACCCAUUCACUGCAGAGGAUCCACUGGAGACUGUGAUUGAACCAGACGCCCUCUCAGCAGACAACAGUUGGGAUACAGAGGAAGAUGAUGAGGUGUAUUAUGCAGAUGAUUUUGAGUCAACUUCAGGAAAGCAAAAGAACCCCAGAACCUGCCCUGAACAACGUGGUAAACUCAUUUUGAAUGUUACAAAUCCACCUACAGAGCCAUCUACAUCUCUAUCUACUUUUGGGUCCUACUAUGCUCUUCCACCCACAUGGCACUACCAAAUGGAUGAUCCCGCUGAGGCUGGGCUACAGAUGGAAGAAUGUUAUGAUGUAAACGCCAACAUGGAUUCUGUUGCUUAUUUAGAAGAUGAGAACUCUGGGCUGGGCUCUCCGUCUGCAGCAGGUGUCUUUAUGGCCAGUGAGGAUUUUAAAGGGCAUCCAGACAUGUGCCAGGGGGAGGACAUGGCCCAGUGUUCAGAAGAGCUUGUGAUCACUAAAGUUGAGGACACUAAUGAAAUGGCACUGGACCAGAAUGAUGAUUACAAUGGGAUGACGGAAGUGGAUGGUUCAGAAGUUUCAGAAACACAGAGAGCCAAAGACAUAAAAAGCAGGACUAUGGAAUCAUCUGCUGAAAUGGCUGUUGACAAAGAAGUUAAAGCAACCCAGCCCUCUUCAAUAAUGCUUUUGAAGAUCAAGGAUGAACCGAUGGAUGAGGAAUGGAAAAAAGCACCACAUUCCCCGAUGGGAAACAUUAAGGAUGAUGAGGAUUUUGACCAAGCACCGGAUGAUAUCAAGAUACAAGAAGCUCCAGUAGGCGUCCCAGAAAAGGCACCAUCAAUCCCAGCAAAAUCCAUUCCAUCUUUAAAAAGACAUGGGGUUUUGUGCACAGCCUGUAAUAAGGUCAUGCUGAAGGGACACACAGCAUUUCAGCGUAGUGGCUCUUCUAAACUCUACUGCUCGCCUCAAUGUCUCUGCAACUCUAAGAAGAAAACAUGUCACUGCUGCUUUAAAGAAAUUCAUGAUGAGAAUAUCAAAAUUACCCUGGUAGACAUGUCAGGAACUGUGAAGGAGUUCUGCAGUCAGGAAUGCCGCAGCGCUUUAAACUUCAAGUGCAGUGUGUGUGAGAAGACAGGAGUGACUCAUAGUCAUGAGGUGAAUUACAUGGGCUCCAUUCAUAAGCUGUGUAGCGACAGCUGCUUCAACCAGUUCCGCUCCUCCAAUAAGCUGAACAUGAACAGCUGUGUGAACUGUGGAGGAUAUUGCUACGGCACAGACAGUCAGUGUCCAUCUCUACGGAUGGAGGACAGAGUUAUGAAGUUCUGCAGCCAAAACUGCCUCACAGCCUACAAAAAGAGGAGUCUGAAACUUGUCACCUGCAAAAUGUGUCAUGCCCUGCGCCCAGCUGAAGAUGCGGUGGACAGUCCAAACUCAGAGGGCAUCAGGGAGCUUUUCUGCUCCACUUCCUGUGUCAUGGCAAGUAAAGUCCAGACUGGCAGUUCGUCAGGUGUUCCAGUGGAAUGCAGCAACUGCAAGCUUAAACUAGUGCCUCAGUACCACAUAUCCACGUUAGAUGGAUCCGUUCAGAACUUCUGCUCUUAUUCCUGUGUACUAGCAUAUCAGGAGUCCUUCAAUAAGACGAAACCUAACAUGCCGGUAAAUAAAGUAACCUCUACAAGCAAAAACACAUCUACCCCAAAAACUUCUGCCCCCAAACCUGCUCCCGUAGAGUCCAGCUCAUCAGCGAAGACCAGUACUUCCAGUGGUCCAGGGCAGACAGUCACCAAGAUCCCCUGCUUUCAGUGUCUGAACUUCUUCUUCCACAGACCAGAGCUGCUGGAGUUUAGGAGGAAAAUGUACGCUUUCUGUGGUAACACUUGUAUUGAUGAGUUCAGAAGGAUUUACCGCAUGGAGGCUCGCUGUGAACACUGCAAGCUCGAUAAAAUUGUAAAAAUAGUGAGAAGGAUAAACAAGGUUGACCGCUCUUUCUGCAGUGAGAGAUGCAAGACGCUCUUUGAGCAUAGCCUGUUCAAACGCUGGGGAAAGAAACACUGUUGCAACUGCUUUUACUGUAACAGCACUUCUAAGACUGUAGUGACUGAUGUCUUUGAUGGGAAGCAAGAGGAGUUCUGUGGGAACGAUUGCUUGUUAAAACAAAAUUCACUGAUGCGUCAGGAAAUAAAGUGCUCCAUGUGCAGGCAGGCCAAGAAGAUAACUGAGACUGUGAAAUGGCUGGGUGAGAUGAAGCAUUUCUGCAGCCUGCGGUGUCUGAUGUUCUUCUGCAGUCUGCAGGGCAUCACUGGAGUCGUUGCAAAUAAAUCUCUUGCCACACAAGGAGUGACCCCAGUAUCCUCUGCAGUUCCUCAAAGUACUAAAGAGGGCACCCCUGUCAUUGCUAAUGUCGUCUCGCUUUCAAGUGCAUCCAACAACCAGCCAGGUGUUUUGGGAAACGCAGGUCCAAAAGGCUCUGUUCCUGUAAAAGUCACAGGAAAUAAGCGUGCUGUGAAAGCUCCUGUCUCUUCAUCCCAAACCCAGAAAGACAAGGACUUGCCAUAUAAAUCCAUAAGCAAAAACAAAGCCACAUCCUGUAAACCUCACACCUGUGAUGCUGAAACACAAAUGGAUGGAACUCCUAAGGUGAUCGUGCUGCCCGUGCCAGUGCCAGUGUAUGUGCCAGUUCCCAUGCAUCUCUACACUCAAUACAUUCCACAGUCUGUGGGGCUUCCACUUCCGGUUCCAGUGCCCUUGUUCUUCCCCACUACUCUGGACAAUGCCGAGCACAUUGUGAAGACCAUUCAAGAAAUCAAAGAGAAGAUCCCUGAUGACCCUCUGGAGGCCGACCUCAUCAUGAUGGCAGAGAUGGUGGCUGAGGAUGCAGAGAAGGAGAAACAAAUCAUCUCUAGUGAUCAGACUGGUAACAUAAUGGAGGAUCUUGAUUUGGAAGAUCUAUCUAGCAAUCUGAGUUGGGAGGAGGACUAUGUGUCUUCUGCACAGACAUGGGAUCAAACCCCUGAACCUGAGAGGCCUCCUCCAUCCAGAUCUGCCACACUGACCCCUGUCUCCACCGCCGCAGAAGAGCCACAGAUGGACUUGGAGGCUGAUUUCCCAAUCGAGAGCAUUGAACGUUUUAGAAGGCAAAUGCAAAAGGAGAUCAGUUCUGGCAAACAGAGAUCACGCAAGAGAGGACAUGAUGGCUUCCCUGAGAAGAAACAGGGCAGUAAGUGUGCAUCAGCACCUCCAAACAGCCUCUCCAAACUGCAGCAUGAGUACGGAGUCAAAGCCUGGAAGAAGUGGGUACGCUGGAGGAGCACCCAACCCAACAUGGAGUCUCUCAAAUUUGGCUCGCGAAGUAUGACACUAAAAGAAGACUUAUUGAAGUGCUGCACUGCUGAACUAAGCUAUGGCCUCUGCAAGUUCAUUUCUGAAGUUCGUCGACCCAACGGAGAGAAAUACAGCCCUGACAGCAUCUUUUAUCUCUGCUUGGGAAUCCAGCAGUACCUGUUUGAGAACAAUCGGAUGGAGAACAUCUUCGCUGAUGUCUUCUACGCCAAAUUCUGCCAUGAAAUGAGCAACAUACUCAGAGGGUGGAAGCCAACUAUUUUGCCCAGUGGUUAUGUUCAUUCUCGUGUGGAGGAGUAUCAUCUGUGGGACUGUAAGCAGCUGGGGGCGUUUUCACCCGGUGUGCUGCUCAACACGCUGCUCUACUUCUUCACCAAGUACUUCAACUACAAGACAGUGGAGCAGCACCGCCGCCUCUCUUUUGGCCACAUCAAACGCUACUCUCGAGGCCAGGCCAACAACAAAGUGUCCUUCCUGCGUUUCUAUCCCCCGAAAGAGGAUGAAAGCAUGGACGGUGUCCCUGUGAAGAAGAAGAAGAAGGAAGGUGAACGGCAAAGGGUGCUAAAAAUACGACAGAAUUCAGAGAAUCCUCUUCGCUGUCCUGUCAGGCUUUACGAGUUCUAUCUCUCAAAAUGCUCGCCCGGCAUAAGACAAGACACAACGCAGUUUUACCUGAGCCCCGAGCGCUCCUGUGUACCCAGCAGUCCCACGUGGUUCUCAACCACCUCUCUGAGUGACGAGGUUCUGGACAGCAUGCUCACACGUGUUCUCACUGUCAGAGAGCUGCACCUGGAGAGAGACAAAUCACCCAACGAGACUGAUUCAGACAGUGACUCUGACUUCACACCGAUUUAGUAACAAUACUGAGAAAACCUGAAUGCGUCCUCUGGGACUGUUGUUCUGAAUGCUGGAAAGCAAGUGGCCUAUUUCGUUUCCAUUUUCAAUCUUCUUUUAGUUACAGUGGGAUUAUUGUAAGUCGCCACGUUUGUAUUAUAUUUAAACACUAAAGACAUUGAAAGCAUCAUUCCAAAACCAGAUUUUGAAAUUGUUUUUCAUGCAAGCCAUGUUGGUUUAAAUAGAUGGAAUGUUCCUGAAAUUGUCUCUUGAUGCCUUUUUUAUGGAUAAAAGAAGACUAUGAAACUGA